GUUUUAAACAAAGUAGUAAUCAUUAUUAAUGUGUCAUAUACAAAAACGAGCUUGCAAAACACUCGAGAAAAAAAUGCCUUAUUAUGCAUACUAAAGAUGCAGGGGUCAAAUACAUGUAGGACCUAAGCUGACAAUCCUCCUCCCUCGAUGGACUACAGAUGCGGCUCAGCUUUGAUUCGCUGUUACCUGGUUACGCGGUCCGCUACACUGAUUGGCUGACUCGCGGGUCAAGGAAACGGGAAGCACACAGGUUGCGUCUGCCUUCGCUUGAUUAGUUUCUGGGGAGUGCGAGAGAACAAGCUGCAGCUACGAAUCGAGAUUAUUACAGAAACGCGUGGCAUUUACGACAGGAGGGGUGCACUUGCAUAUCGUGAAGUACUCGCAGGGUCUUUGAGAAACAGGUCGCCCGCUGGUCUGCUUAAAUGGGGUGCUUCUUCUCCAAAAAUACAAGGAGAAAAUAAAAGGACUCUGCUUUGCCCGCUGGGAACGAGAGCGAUACGGGCAAUGAGCUCGGCAGCAAAAGCAAUCAAGAGGCUCCAAAGCAAUACAGCUGGGACAAACGGGAAAAGGUCGAUCCCAAAGACUUCAUGUUGACAGGCCUCAAGAAUGAGACUGUAGGCAGGUUGCCAGGCAAACUGAAUGGCCAGCAGUUUGUCAUUCAGGACUGUGAGAACUGUAACAUCUUCGUAUUUGACCAUUCGGCAACUAUUACCAUUGACGACUGCGUGAACUGCCGUAUUAUGCUAGGUCCAAUCAAAGGCAGUGUGUUCUUCAGAGACUGCAAAGACAUCAAGUGUGUGGUGGCCUGCCAGCAGUUCCGCACCAGAGACUGUAAGAAAAUGGAUGUGUUUCUGUGUUGCGCCACCCAGCCCAUUAUCGAAUCUUCUACUGGCAUGAAGUUUGGCUGUUACCAAUACUACUACCCUGAGCUGGCUUUCCACUUUAAAGAUGCAGGCCUCAGCAUCUUCAAUAACAACUGGAGCAAUAUUCAUGACUUCACACCUGUCUCUGGAGAGACCAAUUGGAGUCUUCUACCAGAGAAUACUGUUGUCCUAGACCAUAUACCUCUACCAGAUCCAGAGUCGGAGUUCAAGUCUAUGAGAAUAUCUACUGAAACAAGCCGAAGCAUAGUGCCUCUGACUAAAGGAGGACGGCGUAAGGAGAGCGAAGAGUCCUGCCUGUUUGUGUUCUUCACUGGAGACUACACCACUGCUAACGCCCGCAAGCUUAUUGAUGAGGCGAUAGGCAAAGGGUUUGUCCUUAUUCAGACCAAAGAGGUUUCCAUGCGUCCUGAGGAUGUGAGUAGAGUUUUCCAGAACAAUGCAGAGAGCCUCACAGAGUUGAUCACCAAAGGUCCAGUGGUAGCCCUUGAGUUGAAUGGAGAUGGUGUGGUGGAGGCGUGCCGAACAAUUGCUGAUGAGGUGUUCAGUGGGACUAAGGUGUUUGUUUCUGAGAGCAAAAACACGUCCUCACGUGAUGUUGACAACUUUUUCAACUUCGCUGACAUGCAGAUGGGACUGUGAAACUGACGAAGAGCGUACUCUCACCUUAAUGUGGGAUUUGUACAUUGUGUCAUUUCAGUGUGAUGACUUGAAUUGGAAUCUUCUAAAAGUUUGAGGGGAUUUCUUACCAUUAUUUACUUUUCCAGACAAUUUUGCUCCAUGAUCUGACAAUUAUACAUGUCACAAUGUUGUACGGGCAUGUAGUCAUUUAUGUUUUUGAAUGGAAUCAAGAAGGCAAGUGCCUUUAUGUAGAGAACAAACUCUAACAGAACUGGAAUUUUUGUCAAAUAUGCUGAAAAUCAUACAUUUGAUUAUAUAGAUAUAUUAUUUGUUUUUAUAUAUCUCUAUAUAUAAAUGCAUAGCUCUAAAUAAUGUUUUUUAUUCUGCUUGCUUGUAUACAUGUUUCCAUUACAUAUUUGUAUAGUUGUUUAGGUUGUGUACACUGGGUGGCUGUACAAAAUUUUAACCUACAAUAUUUGUCACAUGCCAGAAAGCAUUAAUUGGGGUGAAUCAGGUUUUUAUAUUUAAUGGAUAUAUAGACACAUAGUGUUGUACUUUAUUUCCUGUUAUAUCGGCAUAGGUUUUGACCAUUUAUUUUUUUCCAAAUUGUAUUUUUCAGUUUUUAAAAAAAUAUAUUUUUAUUGUUUUUUCCCCCAAUUAUAAACGCAAAUCAUAUUUGUCCUACAUGUAGUGUUUUUAGAUAACUGUUAUCUAAAAAGAAUUGAAACCGUUCAAACUGGUUUGUUUAUCAAAUUGAAUUGAAUGCACUACUAAAAGGAGGUUUAGUUGGCUUAUCACACUUUAUUUUUGUAGGAAUGUUUUAGAGAGCACAACUUUCCUGUGACCAAAAAAUAUAUAUAUAUUUGUACAUUUGAGAUUAAAAAAGAAAGAAAAAAAAGUUUUUAAGUAUGAAUGGUUCUUAUUUGUAUGAGACAAUUUUGUAGUCUCUUUUCUUCUGUAAAUGAACAGCAAGUAUAAUUGAAUUACUCUGUUUGAUAAACAUAAUUACAUAAAAACAUAAUUAGUGCCUUUUCAAGCAAACUGGGGGUUCCUUUAGGUAUCAUUCACUAGGCCCCACUUAAGGUGCUGUUAUACUGCUUAUAACUAAAUAAUUUGCUUGCACCAAAGAGAUUACUAUUAUAGUAUUACUGGUGAGUUACUGUAACUGGCGUUGCCACGGGUGGGCAUUAAGUAUUUGGGUAUUUUAUUCCCAGCAAAUUUGUGUGAUUUAGUUAGUUCAUUUUGACCAUUUAACAAACAGGGCUUCAUUGCAUUUAUCGAUGAUUGGGAAGGUUAAUGUUUUUAAAAUGUAUUGUAUUCCAAAAUUCAACUACCUGCUACAGUCUCUGCCUAUAGAUUUCUCCUUCUCUUAUUUCAAGCAAUUUGAUAGAACUGUUUGCUGUCCUUUUCUGCAUAUCACGCCACCGUUUUGUGGUCCGUUCUGCAUAACGCGGCGGCUCGUUGUUGCUUAUCGCGGCAUGUUUCGCAACCGAACCACCAGCCAGCUUGGUUCUCCCGAUGGACAUUCCGCCCCUGAUCGGCCCAAAAGUGCGUUGGCCCACUGUGAAAAUGCCCGGUAUGCCAGAUUACCUGUCCAGCCCUGCCUGUGUUGAGACCCUUUUUAAAAAUUUGGUUCAACGUUUUGGGAUUCUCAGAUCUCAAUUCUCAGAGUUUUUUAGGUAUUCACAGCUGCGCCACUUGCUCUGUACUAUUUUUGGGAGCAGCAUACACCACCCUAAAACGGCAGAUACUCUGGGAGUGGUGAUUAUUGCUUUUGGAAAAGGUCAUGAGGCAUCAGUGUAUUACUCCCUGCUAAUUCAGAGUCUGGGGGACAGAGUUUUAACUUCUAUCAAGAGUUUAAACUUAGUAUUGGAGGAGGGAGAGUGGGCUAGGUUUCUAAAAAGUCAAGUCUGUCUGUGUGUGUGUGGGGGAGCGGUAGUGUAGCGCUGCGCUAUGAACCUGCCGACCUGAGUUCGAUUCCUGCUCAUGGCCAACACCAGUGACGAUUAUCUGAACCGGUCCCGGGCCUCCCCUAGGUCGACUCAGCCUAAAAUGAGUACCUGGUGCAGUGUGUAAACAUUGUCACUGGGGAGACAAAGGCGGUCUGGCAUGGUGCUGGCCACCCACCCCCUUGUAUACCGACCGUUCUGGCCUUCAUAGGUGCUCGCUAACAGCACUUGCCCCUACAGUCUGUUAAGGCUAAAUGGGGGAUCUUUCUUUUUAUCUUUGUGCAUGUGUGUAAUAUGUAUGACCACUGGGAUGCUG